CCGAACCAACUUCUCUGCCAAACUUUGCAAUGGCACCUCGAAGAUACACGACCGUGACUUUGCUCUUCCUUGUGUUUGCUGUAUUGUGUCUCUACCUCAACUUCCAGCUGACGCAUAACAAAAUGGAACUCCCGCUGCCGGUAAGGGAAUUUCUACAGGGCCAGAACCUUCUGCAGGGCGACACUCUACAGGACUUCGUGCCGACCCAGCGCGUAGGAGCAGAUAGCCUCCAGGCACUCUUCGAGGACGUGAACCACGACGCCGACGAACAGAUCGACCAGGACCUGAAAGAUCUGAACUUCGAAGACGAAGAGAUGCCGCCGCUGCCUUUGGUGGAGGACCUCUCGGAGGCGGACGCCGGAGGAGUUAGCGUAGAGCCGACGGCCAGGAACGUCACAGCCCGCGACGCUCGGCUGCUCAUCGUCAGCGCCGUGCCCCUGUUCCGGGCGCGAGUCACGUCGUCCCUCGUCAAAACCUUGGGCGAACGCAACGGCUUCCGAGUGGUGAUGCCCCUCCUGCCGAUGCAGCCGAGGAUGGGUCUGUACCAGCGGGAUGCUCUCACCAAGUACAUCACGAGCGCGGCCGAGCAAGAACCGGUGGCCUUCGUUCGAGACAUGUACUUCUUCGAUGUCACCAGCCGCAAACCAACACAAGCUUACUUACAGAACUUGCUAGAAGCAUCUCUAUACCCGACGCGAAAAUGCUGUGAAGAAGCUGUACAUUCCGCGCUUUCCAACAACAACAACAGUACACCCUUCAAUGCUUUCAAUACACCUAUUAAUGCCUUCUCUUUGCAGUACAUCCCACGCUCUCCAACUAACAACAAUUUCCCUCUAGGAUGGGAUUUGCUCGGCCAGUGUGGACAGCCCUAG